UUCCAGAAAAUUAGCUUACACUUCAUCGUGUUGAGUUUCGAUAGAUACUCUCGCGACGAUAUUAUCGGAGAACUGACAUGUGCUUUGUCAUCAGUGCCCGGUUUAGAAGACGCGGAUAAUCAGGAGAUAUCUCUCUGUCGAAAAAUAUGCCCUAGAAGUUUGAAGAUACAGUCGCAAGGAAGAGGAGAAUUGCUGGUCUCGCUUUGCUGGCAGCCAGUCACUAGCCGCCUAACAGUAGUGGUGUUAAAAGCGCGAAAUCUACCCAAGAUGGACGUGACCGGACUCGCUGAUCCGUACGUGAAGAUUUACCUUCUGUACAAUCAGCAACGUAUCGCCAAGAAGAAGACGCACGUGAAGAAACGUACGCUCAGUCCGGUGUUCAAUGAAUCCUUCGUCUUCGAUAUACCGAAUGGCGCGGACGGACUCAACAACGUCAGCCUCGAGUUCAUGCUACUGGACUGGGAUCGAGUUACGAAAAACGAGGUAAUCGGGCGGCUAGAGUUUGGUGGACCAAAAUGUCAAGGUUCCGCUGUGAACCAUUGGAAGGAGGUAUGUAGCUCACCGCGACGACAGAUAGCCGAUUGGCACAAACUGCGGGAGUAACCGGUCUCUCUCCUGGCCCUAUAUACGUAUCGAGCUCGAGCUCCCACCUCUCCGAUUUCCUUAGAAACUCCAUAUCCUUCGCUAUGAAAUCACUGAUCCGACCCCUUGAAACCCUACAAGAUAAGGUAGGGAUGUCUGUUUUGUAAACCUAAUACUCAAUGUAUAUUAGGCUUGAAAUGAAUAGCUCGUCCACCCAUAAUCGCUAUCAUCGAGAGAGAUUUUCGAAUCCGUAAAUGAAAAUGGUAAUCACAAUGUUUAUAGUAAAUAAAUUUAAAAAAGUUAAAACAUACGAUAUCUCCCUUAAUUCAUUAAAGAUCACAAUAAUAAUAUAAAAAAUUUUACACUUUUUGUUUACAUAAAGGAUCUCAGAGAUUAAUAUCAGGAUUAUUAAAUAUUUAAAAAUUUAAAUAUCGAUUUGAAAUUAUAAAUAUUUUUUAUAUAUUGUUUAAAUAUUGUUUGGAAAUUAAAUAUCGAAAAAUUUAAAGAAAUAUUAAUUAACCCUAAAAUUUUUAUAUGUUCUGUUGGUAUAAUCAUACACGCGAUUACGGGAUGACGGCUUUCGCAGAAUGCUUUACAAUAUAAACAUAGACAUUAAGAUUCCCGACCAGUUGAUUAACGAGACUAUGGAAAAGAAAUGUUGAUGCGUGCGAAGCGGUCAACCUUUCGAUUCCUAGAUAUUGUGUCAUAUAGGUAAAUAUGAAGCAAAUAAACCCUUAUCUUCUACAGCGAAUUCGAAUAGAAUACACAAUAGUGUAUAUCUAAAAAAAAAUGGUCUUGCAUAGAGUGACAUAAAAACGUGAGUAUAGCGUAAAAUCGGUUCACUAACGAAAUGCUCAGAAUUUACGCUAGAUCAUUUCAAUGAUCGGGACGCUUUCGUGCAAUGCUUCUGCAUCAUGAUAAAUUUUAUGUAACAAUGGCUUUAAAAAUAUACACCAGUGAGCGCAUUUGACCGAAUUCGCUAUUAAUUUGCUCCAUUUUAUUUACAUGAUUAAUCGUAUUUCACAAGACCGCAGAGCAACGUAUCACGUUAAAGACACAGUGUAUAUUUUACGCAGCAUUUUGGCAUAACCAUAGAUUCUCGGUCCUAAAAGAGAAUAAUGAAAGAGGCCUCCCUCUUCCACUCCAUAUUUGCAAAGCUAGAAAAAAAGAUUUAAAUAAAGAUCUGUACAUUUUAACUUGUAUAGACAUUUAUGUGCGCACGCAAAAGAGAAAUUAUAUUUUUGUUUAACAUUAUUAUAUUUUCUUUUUUCUCUUUGUGAGUUGCUAAUAUUGCGAGUCCUCGAAACACGUUGCUUAUCCGCACUACAUCUAAAACGACGAAAAUAAUGAUUUUUCUUAAUUUUUUUUUUUCUAGAAACACGGU